UCCUUCAGGUUUCAGUCAGGCAAAGUUUAUAUGUGCGCUGUCAACAGGAGACGGUUAGUGUUCCAGGUGCUUCUCGACUGACAGCAGGCGACUAUACAGUCCAAGAUGCCUUCGACUUCGUUCAUCCACUUUCGGACACCUGGCAUCCUGAUCUUCGGGAUGGUGAUGGCUCCGUGUGGGUGGAUUCUCGAUCUUACCGCCACGGUGGCGCCAAACUGGAGAACUGUUAAUAACUUGCCGACUGAAGCCGCUGACAUUUUCCUUCAACAGGGCAUAUGGGACAUCUGCCGCGCAUCUACCAGUAACAGAGAGCUCCAGUGUAACCAACAAGACGAAGCUUAUUUCAAUGAGCAGAUCAUUGAGAUUGCCCAGGCCAUGAUGGUGGCAUCUCUUAUUGUCACCUUGAUUGGCCUGGCGGUUGCAAUUCCCGGUGUCCGGUGUUGGAGAGAAAGACCCAACUGGACUGUAGCUGGACUGGGUGGUUUGUUGAUUUUCUGUUCUGGUGUCCUGACCAUCAUUCCCAUUGCUUGGUACACCCACAUUUUGACCAACAUCACAGCUGCAUCUACAGACAUCCAGGUGGGCUACUGCAUCGUGCUUGGGUACAUUGGAGGCAUCAUGGAAAUUCUUGGCGGAUUCGUCAUGUUCAUUGGAAUAUGCCGUUGCUGUGGUGGAAAGAACCGCAGCGAGAGGGUUGUCAGGAACACCGGGAGGGCCGCCCGCAACACUACUGCCCCGACCAGGAUCACGGUCCCGAGCAUGACAAGCAGGUCGCCAAGCAGCGCCAGCAGCGUCCCAUACUCGAAAGACUCUUUUGACCAGCCCGACUUUCGUCGACCUGCACCCCGGGCAAGCAGCAAAGCAAGCUCAUAUGGUGCUCAACCUUACGACGCGGAUUUGUGAACAGCUCAUAAAGGCUGACGAAGUCUGCAAUGACACUAUCCCGCUUUCUCUAUGCGCACUACACUACCUGUAAUAGAUAGAGAUGUCUCUGACAACCCACCUAGGGUCCGAUAUGCUAAAGGUUAGGCCUACGUGAAGAUUGUAGGCUAUUUGGAUAUUUGUGUGAAAUAAUGGGCCAAAGGUUAGAUUUAGGCUAGUUAAGAUUAACUGGCAAGAACAUGUAAGAUUAAAUAGCCUAGACAAGAAGCAUAUUUAACACCUUGCCUUUUAUUGAUCCGCAUGAAAUGUUCACUAAAUCCCCCCAAGGUAUGAAGGUCUUGAAGGAAGAGAAGAUGUGCAAUAUGUAUAUGAUUUGGAUAUUGAGCUAUACGUUAUGGUGUAAAUAACUGAAGUGUUGUGAAUGUUGACAGAAAAUAGAUUUAGUGAGAACCAGCUGUUUCCAGCAUAUUUGAACUGUGCAGUUUUAUGCACUGCAACUUUUACAUCUUAUUUAGUAAGGAAUACAGUUGUGUACAGGGUCACAUUUUACUUGUGUGGUGAAGGUGGUGUCAAAACUUAGCCUUAGGCUAUUCAACUGUGAUCUUUGAAGGUGGAGUGACUGCUAGUAAGCCUCUGAGUCGUUAAAACACUUCCUUGUACUUUCUUGUAAGAAACAAAUAAAUGUCUGAAGAGAA